AAGCUGAGGGCGAGGCGGGGCACCACCCUCCAGGACGAGGUGGAAACCAUAAUGGCUUUGACUGGUCUUCAAAAGACGGGUCCGCAGCCCAGGGCCUGGCCUUCAGAGCCGCAGGCUGACUUCUCCGAAUCCCCUCCUCUGACACCGCGGCCAGCCGGGCUGGCUAUGGCAUUUGGUCAAGAUGACUGCGGCCAGCUUGGGCUUGGCAUCGCGGAAGAAGAGGAGAGGAUUCUGCCGACCCCGGUGGUCUUACCCCCUGGUAAAACCAUCGUGGACGUGGCCGCCGGCGGUCUGCACUCGGCAUUUCUUACUGCCGAGGGAGAAGUUCUGGCUUGCGGCUUGAACGACGAAGGAGAGUUGGCCAGGCCCAACGCAGGUGAAGAGGACUGCCGGACGGUGGCCUCCGUGUCCCUCGGUCCGCCCAUGGUCGCGGCUCAGGUGUCCUGCGGCGACAGUUUUACUGCCGUCCUGGACACCUUGGGCCGCGUGUUCUGGGCAGGGCAGCUGAGCAUGCAUGUCACAUUGUACUACACAAACAAGAGACGAGACAGUCCAAGCCGUGGAUACGCCUGGGGAUCAGGGGUCUCCAACCAACUCUGUCUUGGAGAAGAAGUCCAAGAAGUUGCGUCUCCUGUCCCCAUGGUGGGACUGCCCGGCCCACUGCAGACCAUCAGCGUGGGCGGGCAGCACACCCUCGUCCUGGUGGACCCUCCUCCUGCUCCCAGUACAUCAAAAUAA